CUUUCAUCUCUCAACCCAUACACUCGGCUUGGACGGUUCUGCGUUGUCUCUAUGAGGGGAAUAUGUCAGCUGUCGCGGCGAUGGCAUCAACAAUUCUGCCGGUCCCCCAGUUUCUCGGGACAUCAACACUGUCUGCCACAUUUCAUUCCUGUCCGUCAAUAUCGUAGAGUGAUCUCUCAGCCGCAACGGUCAUCGGCUCGAAAACAAAACGCCCCUCCUUCUCAAAUAGGAAAUGUCACAUUCCGAGAAUUUGAACAAUCCGGCGAAGAUGAAUCCUCCCGAGUUCGCAUCUUCGAUCCCAUCGAUACCGAAAGCGAGCGCAUGAAGCAGGAAUUAAAGGAGUUGGAUGAAGAACUUGCUAUAUUACGAGAAGGACCGUUCGGACCCAGAAGCGAUUUUAUGAUGGCAUUCCCUCCCAAUGAACGUGAGGAAAUUCUCAAGGCUUUGGAAGAAGAGGGGAUAAGAUUCGACGAGGAUGAAGACCUCUUAAGUCCGGAAGAUCUCGAGGAAAUCGCAGAUGCUGCUAAUGGUAGGCCAAGUCGGCGCAUGUCUGCGAAUGCCUUAACAGUCAGUCUAAAAAUUCCGACCAAAGACAAGGUGUAUGUCAAGAGGUUCAACAUGGCUCUGGAGGCAGCCGAGGCAGUGACACAGAAUGCUCGGCCUUAUUUAUCUCUCUGGAAAUGGUAUCUGAGCUGUCAGCAGAACGUCGCAAACUUUUCAGCCAUUCUUCCAGAGAACGUGUGGCGGUUUCUAUGGAAAUCCCAAUACAGCGCCAUCAAUUACCGGCCUCGACAUCUUCGAAUGCUCGCCCAAGAUAUGAUGAAGGCUGAUGUCGACCUGGAAGAAGCAGAGUGCCUUCAGUAUUUGGAAGCGCUAGAGAGUCUGGGGGAUUUGUCGACCGCUUUAGGAAUGUGGGAAUCUCUCCGCUCACGCUUAGGGGUCAAUGAAGAGUUUGCACCCGAGUUUUGGAUGACCGGUGUGAGAUUGUACAUGGCAUUAGGACGGCCACAGAAAGCACAAAAGGUUGCUUUUGAGUGCUAUGAAUACACCACAUUCAUUGACCCGGAAGUCUUGGUCAUGGUCCUCGGGGCCUGGGCCAAAACUCAAGGAAAAGAUGCCGAGCAGAAAACAUGGUCAUGCUACCUCGAAUUGCGCCGAAGGCUGGAAAACGUUGAAGAUGACCUGAAAAUGCAAGAGAUCCUAGGUCGAGUCAGCAGCACUCUCCUUCAGCAUGGAAGAACUCGAUUGGCUCAAGCAGUGUUCAAGGACAUGUUUUUGAUCAUCGCCAAAUCUCCACAGGAUUCAUGGAAGGUCUUCCAAACAUUAGCACAGUCUCAGGCUGCAGCUCAGAGUCCAACUGAGGAUCUCAUCAACAAACUCGGCCUCACUGCCUUGGCCGACCUCCCUAGAGCCUUUCACAACAAAUACUUCUUUGCAUCUUGGAUCAAAUGGCUUUUGGGAGACGAUCGGAUCGACGAAGCUGGACAGGUUCUUGAACUCAUGUAUGAGCGAGGUAUACGACCAGACGCCAGGCAUGUGAAUGGAUUGAUCGCAGCUUGGCUUCGCGAAGGAUCACCGAAAGCGAUAAACAAAGCUGUGACCACCGGAUGGGCGAUGGUAAAUGCUCGAGUCAAGAUGGUCGAAAAUCGCAAGGGAAUACACGAAGCGACUUCAACCCAAAAGGAACCCAUCAAGGACGAGAAGAAGCCUCUCUAUGUGGAACGAGAUGCCCCAGCCGCUACAGUCGAGACCUUUUCGAUUCUUUUCCUCCAUCACAUACGAGGAAACAACAAGAAAGCAGCGGCACAUCUGACCGAACUUCUCCUCGGUCCCGCCGAGAUCAAACCGAAUUCCUUCAUCGUCAACCACUGGAUGUUUGGGCAUCUUCGUUCCGGAAAGCCUCGCCUAGUAUGGGAUACAUACUUGGAAUGGAAACCGAAGGUCAAGGCCGAUCUGGAGACCUUUGCUGCUCUAUGGGACACAGAGAAAGUCCAUCUGAACACUCCAGGUGCAGACCCAGAGGAUUUCCCAACCCCUCGAGCUUUGUUCCGGGAGAUGAUGGAGUGGCAUGGCACGCUGAACGCAAAAGAGAAAGCAGACGCCCACGAUGCAUUCACUGCUAUGCUUUACGACCAGAUGAUCCGAUGUGUCUGCAUGUCGGCCGAUCCUGCAGGCAUGCUCUGUGCUCUCUAUGGUCUCCGGCAAGCAUUUGACCUACUACCACACGAGGAAGUCAAUCAUUUAUUGGUGAUGCAAGUUGCAAGAUCCUUUCCAUCAGUCAUCGACGAAGCACGUGUUCGUCGCAAGUCGGCACGGACGCCACUUCGUUUCCGGGGCUCUCACUAUCAAGCUGUCGUCAAGGCUUUGACUGAGUUGAUCGGUAAAAUCACGUUGGACAAAGUCGACAAGCAAGACCUCGAUACAGAUCUCCUGGAAAUGGAUGAAGACACACCUGAAGCACAGAAGUUGAGGUUGGAUGUCCUCACCUCGUUCAUGUGUAUGGUACUGGAUCGCAAGUAUCCUGGCAGAGUGCACAUGAACGAUGCGAUCAGGGAGGCUGCGGAAGAGAUGAAAGUCAAGAUUCCAGAAGAGGUCUACAGUCGAAGAGACUGGGUUGACCUUGAAGCUUGAUCUAGUAGAUUAUGUAACAAUAUGGGAGAAAAACGUGUUGAAAUAAUAGUCAUCUCAAUUUGCAUGCGAUGAAAUUUGG